UUUACAGAGAGAUCUUCUAUAUCUAUUCACUACUCAGAAUCGCCUCUUUUUGUUGUUGAUUGUUGUUUGGGUUUUGGAGAAAGAAAAUUAAGAAGAUGAGUCAUAUGGGGAAAGCUUGGAUAGUGGCAGCAAGUGUGGGAGCAGUGGAGGCACUCAAGGAUCAGGGCUUCUGCAGAUGGAACUACACUCUGAGGUCUAUUCACCAGCAUGCCAAGACCAACCUCAGGUCCUUUACUCAGGCCAAGAAGCUCUCUUCUUCCUCUUCUGCCAUGGUUUCCAGCAGAGUGAGAGAGGAGAAGGCAAAGCAGUCAGAGGAGUCUCUGAGGACUGUCAUGUACUUGAGCUGCUGGGGACCCAACUGAAGAAGAAGAUAUGAAGAUGGAUGAUCAUCAGCCUG